AUGUGCGAACACGUGCGCGAUGGCCAGCUUUUUCUCGCGUUUAACCCGGCUGCGAAACGGUAAAAUUGCCUCAUUCUGUCAUUUUGGGUCUUUUUGCGGUGUCUUGAUUUUUGUUUCGGUUCAAGUUUAUCAGAAAUUGUAGCUUUUUGUUACUUUUUCGCCUGAUGCAAAUACAAUUUGUCAGCUUUUUGAUCUCAACGAAAUUAGUUCGUUUGGUUAGUUUCUUUUUUAUUUGAAUCAUUGAAAGUUACUCACGUUUUCUGAAUUAAGUUUGGGGGAUAAUUUUUCUCGUUUUGAAUUUUUUUUUUGUUUUUUCAUAGCGUUUAAUCCAUUUUUUCCAACUUUGCAGAAGUUUUUGCUUCUUUUUCAAAAGCCGAAAGGCCGAUAGUCAAUUUCAGAACCUUGGGGAGUUUUUAAAUAAUCUCGAAAUUUCAUCAACAAGGCUCUUACUACUUUAUUAAUAGUCAAUUUUGGUCAAAAGUCUUACAAAAAAGUUCAAACCCUUUUUUUGCGUCCUUUUCUGGCUCAUCUACAUAGGCUAUUAUCAAAAUUGCCUCAAAUCAACUGCCCCUGAUUUUUUACAAUUUCCCUGAUCAGCAUAAUAUCCUUUCCUUUCCAUGUUCUUCACACGUUCUGCAAUACCUUCUCGACCGUUUUAAACAUCAGAAAUAAUCUAAAAUAUCUGCAGACUGACACCGACGUACCGAAGUGCGUCAGAACCGGCCGAGGCGGCGAGCGUGCUCCUGGUGAACGUCGUCUCGAGCAGCCGAAGAAACAGCAACAACAUGACUGAAAACCAAAGGCCUUCCAACGGCAGCGCACAACAGCAACAGCAGACGCCGCAGCAGACCCCGCAACCGACGCAACAGAACGGACAAACUCCGCGGGUUCCGCCGAGCUCUUCGCCUCCUGCGGAGAAGAGCCAUCACUUUCAGUUAGUCAAUUUUUAUGCUUGGAAAUUAAUUUUGAGGCUAGAAAUUGCAAUAUUGAAAGGGGGCGAUCAUAAAUUUUCGAUAGAAUAGAGUUUCAUUCACAUAGCUGAGAACAUGAUCUCACGUAAAAUAAAGUGGCCCACAGUGGUAGCAUUCGAAAAUGGAUUUUUUUCUAGUUUGAUCUCAGAAACAUGCUCAGUUUGAUAUAAUUCAAUGGGAAAGUGAGCGUUUUCCCACACCAGCCAAAUUUCAUCAAAUCAACUUGCUGUUUCAACUGUCAAUGAUCAAAUUUCCUUCUCACGAGUAUCAAAUGUGUUCUAUAUUCCAUUUUCGACCGAAAAAAGCUUCCAAAACUUUCUCACGGUUAAAGAUCACGACGUUUUCAACACGAGAAGCCCUAUCAGCGUUCCUUUUCCCUCGGCUUUUUGAAUUUUAGUUCGGCAAAAAGGGAAAAUUCAACGCAAAAGCUGAUUUUUGACCGCCAUUCUAUUUCGGAAAAAAAAAGUCAACUGUGUAUGCAAAGCCUGGUGGCCGAGGCCUAGGCAAACGUGGCCGACGGUAUUUUUGUGAGCGUUUUUUAUGAGUUUUUCUUUUUUGAUGAGCGGCGCUUUUUGUUGUCAGUGGUGCCCCUCUGGUAAACAAGUUUGCAUCGGAGCGGGAUUGUUCAUACGUCUUGCAUAUUCCGUCUCUUGUUCUUUAGGCGUCUUUUGGAGCGCAAAAUGAGUCAGAAUGACAUGUUUUUGAGCACUUUGAGGUGCCAAAGAUUGAAUUUUCAGGCGCUAAUCUUAUAAGGGGUCCGGUUAGAAAUAUUUCAAUCAAAGCCUUAAAAAGCCAUUUUUUGAAUUUUAAAGCUCGGGACUUACGAGAGACAAUAACUGAAGUCAUCUCAAUGAGCUUUUGUUUUUGAAAAAGAUUUUUAAAACUCAGAAGAAAAGAACUGAUACAAAUUUAACUUGGAUAAGUAAGGCUUAAAGUUAAAAAAAUACUUUUUCUUUGAAAAAUCAAGAGCCUCAAAUCGGAAGAAAUGGUUCUUUACAAAAAGAAGGGUGUCGGAAGUUGGAAAAAAAGAUAUUUUUCAAAGACUUUUUUUCCUAAAUUUUUGGGUUCAAAGAACGAGUUGGGUGAAAAUAACAACUCGAGUGGUCCAUUUCCCAGUUUAUCACGUUGAUCAAUCGAAUGAAUGUCGAGGAGCGGAAUGCAAAUAUUUGCUCGAAAAUAGCGCGGGAAUUCAAAAAAAUUUUUCAAAUGUGACGUCAUUGUACCAGAUAUUUUUAAAAAAAUAUCUGAGAAACUAAGAGGUUUUUUUGUAGAAAAACUUUCGAGAAAGUUUGAAUGACGUCAUUUUGAAGCAAACGUAGCUUUGCACCUUUUUCGCGCUUUGGAGAAGUUUUUAUGACGUCAUUUCAAAAUAACAUUUUUCCGUUUAUUUUUCCAAUAUUUAUUCGUGUAUUCGAAAAAAACAAUUGACAAUGAUUUCUACAGAAAAAAAAUCAUCUUCAUAUUAACUGUAAAAGUUCAUUUUGGAACCAAUUGUAUGACGUCAUUUUUUCAAAAAAAAUUUGAGGCCCGUUCUCUAUCCCUUCUAGAUUGAAAACCAUGAACAUCUUAUUUUUAUUCAAAAUUUUCAACGCAAACCCAGACCACUCCCGAAAAAUCGAUCGAUAUGUUCAUUUUGGUCGAGUUCAUUUUGGGCCUUUGGGGUUGUUUACCAGUGGAGCGCUUGCGUCGUCGUUUCCUCUGUGUCUUGAGCGGCUGAAAAGGGGGCCGCAUGACUCUUUUUCGCCCUGCUUUCGAUGCAGAAUCACCUAAAAACCAUGGGAAAUACAAAGAAUAACAGAUCUUCCAGACGAUUCGACGUAAAUAAUGAUCGGCAAAAAUAUUUUUGAUGGAACAGUGGUUGCGAAAUUGAGAAGAAUUUUUUUGGAAGAAAGAUCUCAUAAAAGUAAGAAUAUUCAGAAAGACGUAUAUCAUUUUACUGUUACAGGUCUCAAACUUAUUUGAAAGACCAACAAGACGGAUUUUUUUGUUGGUUUUCUAACAGAAAUCAAAUAAUUACACUCUGAAUUUGUUUUUUUUUACCAGUAAUAUUAUUAGAUGGUCUAGGAAAAAAAUGAGAAAGAAUUUUUUUACGAGUUAUAUUCUUCAUUGAAUGGAUUAUAUGGACCUUAAUACCUAUUUUCGCUUGCCAAGCUUAAAAAUAUGUUUCAAUUUCUUUGCGUUAUUUUGAGCUCGCUAUACCUCAGAAUUCUGAGAAAUAAAAAUCUUUUUUUACAAGUUUUUGUGACUCAAGAUAUUGAGUCCAAUGACAUUAAUCAUGUGUUUACUGAGAAAAUAAUAUCUUCACUUCCUUGUUGCAAAUUCCGUCUCGUUCAUAAUGUUUUUUUUUCGCGCUUUUCUACUAGUGUCAUGCAUGAAUGAAGUCUGAAAUGCCAAAGGGGAAGGAAGAUCUGUGUUUAUGUGGAGGCACAUAACCGAUGAGAAUUUCCGUGUGUUUCCAGGCCUUGGGCCCCCGGCAAAAACAUCUUCCCUUGCUCUCUCUGCCAAGCAAAUACGAAAACAGCAGUAGAUCAAAGAUUGGGCACGAGUGAGUGGACGAACACGCGUGACACUUGGCCUGGCUCCUUUCUUGAGAAGAAUGCCAAAUGAUGAGGAAAUUUGACGGGAAAAUUCAAAAAUGUUCCGAAAAUGGUUAUUUUUGGUUUGAGAAAAAUUUGCGAAGUUUUUAACUUUUUGAGGCCCAAUAAUUCUUGGCUUAAGAUGGUAAAAAAAGCGAUGUGGGAAAAAAUAUGAAUCUUCUGCGAAUGGUUUUUUUUACCUUGAGGAUGUGACAGUUUCUGAUUAAAAAUGUGUCCUCGGAUUUCCAGUAAUUUUGACAUUAGCAACCUCUGAAUUCCAGUCAGCUAAUAAUGAAUGAACUAUGAAAAAAAUUGAUAAUUUUUUCGAUCUUUUUGUAAAUCAGAAACUUUUUUCUCUAAAGUUAACUUUACUGUUCCUGUUCAUAUCCCAAGUGAAAAAACCUAUAUUUUCUGUUCCGAAACGUUAAAGGACCAAUGAUUGGAAAAUAUUUGUGGCCCAUUAUUCUUCCGUCGGCGACUGAAAAAUCGGCGGCAAUGUGGGGCACAUUGAUCUCUUGGUUCUUUUUUUGUUGGUUCAAACGUUGUUUGGUUGGACUGAAGACUCACGGAAUUGAAUCUUGCUUGUGACUUUUUAAGGGGAAAAAAAGGAUAAGAGUGAUUUUUCAGUUACCUGAGCGACUUCCGGGUCGAAGCUUGUCCUCUCUUCAAGCAACAUCAAUGUCAGCAGCACCGGCCGUUCACUUGUUUCAAUUGGCAUUUUGCCAAUCAAAGGAGGAGGAAGUGAGUUUUUAGAUUGAGCUUUUAUUUGACUAUUCAUCACCGAAAAAUACUAAACUUUGAAUCAAGAUAGGCAGCAAAAGCUUUGAAUUAGAAUCUUUCGUAAAAUCAGAACAAAAAAUUGGGAGGAAGAAUAUAACACAAUUCCGGAAAAAAAAAACGACUUGUAGUCGUGAGCUUGUGAGUUACGUACGCAAACUGCGAAUCAGACGUAAAAUCACAUUUUCUCAAAAUACGGAUAAAGCAUGAAACAUUGUUUUGUAAUAGUUACCUAACUGUAAACCAUUCGAGCUUUUACAAUUUUUUGUAGGUAUUUUUUUUAACUUGGAGUUCCUCAAAAAGUUCUUUCAUGCGCGUUUUUUUUGCCUCUCUGAGAUCCUCGUUAAUUUUUUUGAACCUAUAGAACCGUUACCAUUAGCCCUCGUAAAUAUUCCUAUUUUUGUCCUCCAACCCUCAAACCAAAAAAAAACCCAUUCGUUGGCUCUUUCCAUCACCGAAAAAAAAAAUCCAUUUGCUCUCCAUUUCGGGCAAAAACUCAUAUAUUUUGCAUCACAUCAAAUUGGGCUCUAAUGACAAGGAGGAGAAAAAGAAGAUGAGAAACACACACAUUUUCGGUUUCGGAUAUGCGCGCCGCUAUGCAUCAUUGAUGAAAGCCCAAUGUUUCUGAGAAUUAAUUCAAUAAUUUUGCCUCGGGGCAAAAUGCGGGUCUCUGUAAUAUGCAUCGUUGAAAAUGAAUGAGUCGGGAUGUCGAAAAGGGAUUUUUGAAGUUGGUUUAUUAAAGUUCAAGAGCUCGAAAAUCGAGGGCAAGAUGUGGUUCAUUUACUGCGGGCUUUAGAAGUUUUUUAUAGGGGCUUUCACUUGAUUCAAAAUGAAAAAAAAAUUUAUGAAGGGAGUUUCUCGUGACAAGCUGCUGAUAAUUUAAACAAACGGCUGAAAUCCAAGUUUCCAGGCCCGUCCGCAAAUCAGAUGGAUCUUUCAAUUAUUCUCCCGACAUCUAUUGCGACAAAUACGAUGAGAAUACUGGCAUUUGUCCGGAUGGCGAUGAGUGAGUUUUCUUUCAUAUUGAGUUUAUAUGGUUGCAUUUGAAAUGACUUAUCUUCAAACCGGGGCUGUCCCAAAACGAUUUUUUUUAUAAAGAGUCAAAAGAACCUUCUAAUCCAACAUUUUCUAAAAACGCCAACGAGCCAUUCCACCUGCGACCAAGGCGUUCGAAAUUUGUUUCGCGUUAUGUUUCGUAGUUCUAUUUGUUUAAACUAAAAGAUCAAUCACGUGUGACCGAUUGCUCUGAUCUUUCCAACAACUCUCUGCUCUUAUCGUGAUAAAUGUGCCUGAAAACGAUUCAAUUGCCUAACCAGAGACCAAAAAUGAAGCGAUAACGCGGUGAGAAACCUGUUUCAACAAACAGAGAUCAAUGGAAAAAAAAAUAAACCGAAAACCUGGAAUUCUAGGAAAACGUUUUCUUUUUUUUUAGCUGCGUUUAUCUUCACCGAGUUUCUGGGGACGUUGAGCGGAAGUACCAUCUGAGGUACUACAAAACGGCUCAAUGUGUCCAUCCGAGCGACGCCAGGGGUCAAUGUGUUAAGGUAUUAUAAAAAAAUUCAUUUUAUUCUCGUGUUGAGAAGAUAAAAACAUUUUUGAAGUGAGACACAAAAAAAUAAAACUUUGAAUUUCAUUUUGAUUAAUAAUGGUAAUUUAUUGUGAUCUUCUAAAGAGACGGAUGUUAUUUUUCUAGAUUUCAUUCAUUUCCUUGUUUUUUUUCAGAACGGAGCGCAUUGCGCGUUUGCUCACACGUCGGCCGAUCUCCGUCAACCGCAGGUUCGAUUCGAAAUUGUCCUUGAUCAUUGAACGUCUGCACGUGUCAGAUUCUCUUCGUUCGCAAAAUAAAAUGAGAUCGGGACAGGAGACGUUUUUGAAAAAAAUAAUGCCGGGGGUUGCCCUUCAUUCGUUCCAUUUUGGUCGUUGAGAAUCGAGAAUAACAAAAAGAAUCAGAUUUGAGGCACUCAGAACGGUUUCAAAAACUAAUACUGAAACAAAAAAGAGCCAGAUAAUUCAUCCAUGGCUGGGUAAAGCGAAAUUCUGAGGAGUAAUCCAAAUAAAAAAGAAUCCUAUAAGAUUUUGUGUAAAAAUAGAGCUUCUACAAUAUUUAUAGUUUCAUGCCAACAUUGUAUGGAGUAUAAUUGAUCCACAAACGUUUCAUUUCCAGUAAAAAAAACAAAAACUUUGAUCAAUGCCAGGUAACAAAAUCUUUUCAUGAAGCCUAUUUUCAGUUCCAAUACGACCAACAUGAAACCGGAUUCUCAACAAGUAUGGACGGAGAAGGAAGAGAUCGUACAAGUUUCGUCAUCGAAGAUCCUCAGUGGCACUGUAAGCUAUUUCGAAUCUCUUCAAAAUUCACCACAUGUCUUUCAAAGCAUUUUUCGCCCAAAGAUUGAAAUUUGAAAUCGCUUCUGAGUGUUUUGUAUGUACUGUCCCCUCUGUGUGAACGCUUCACGUUUUUUCCAGAAUUUUUCCGUAUUUUUCCAGUGUCACAAGCAAGAUGCAUUUCUCUUUGUUUUCAUUUCAUUUGAUUCAAAUAGUGAGGGAGUGGGCAAAAGGUCAUGUUGUCCGAAAAAGACUCCGGUUGAGAGCUCGAAAACACGCGGGGAUUGAGGCGGGGUGCACUUUGGUUGCCUGCGCGCGGAACCCUAGGCAUAAACAUAACAUCAUGUGACUCUCAGCCUCGUUUUCUGCUGCAGAAAAAAAAGAACGCGGACCAAAAAAAAAAAAAAGAACGACGGAGUCGUUUGGCGUGACCAACGCCCUUGAGGUCCUCGAUCUUCCGUCUUUUAUUGGAUUUUCGGACACGGAACAAAGAAUAAAGCUGAUUCACAACAUCUUGCCAAGGCAAGAGUCGCAGUUAUGAUAUGAUAUUUCUUGGUCGUUUUCAAAAUUGGUCCUCCCGUUCAGAAGCUUUUUGAUUUUGGCAUGACAUGCAUUUUUUAACCGACCGAAAUGAAGUUUGAUCAACUAAAACCCGCAAAAAGACAUUACUCAAAUGUUACGACCUCCGAAUAUAUUAAAUUACCGCAGAAGUGAAUGAGCUACCUUUAUCAGUUCUUUCGAAGUUCGAAGUUCAGUUAUCUUAUCAUUCUUAAAAGUUUUUUUUGCCAUUUAAAGUUGAUUGAUCGAUGGAACAAUGGUUCUUUUUCUCAUUGAGCAACUACCUUUGACCUCAACUUCUUCUGUGUACGUGUUGUUAUGGCUGCUUUGCACUAUUUCCUCCUUGGUUUUAUACAAAAAUGGAGCGUUCACCUGGAAAACAGUUACUUGACGACUUGCAAAGUCCGUCAAAAUUAGGAAAAACUCAAGAAGCAAAACAAGAAAAUGACGGAAUUUAGCUCAAGAUCACGUGCUGUCGUGCUACAAGACGGAGCAAUGCCGGAAACCAGCCAGACUCUGUCGACAGGGCUACGCCUGUCCCUUCUACCACAACACCAAGGAUCGACGUCGUCCCCCAGCUCUCUUCAAAUACAGGUUACUAUUAUGCUUUUAAACAAUCAAAACUCUUCUUUGCUCAAAAAUCGGAGAAAUUUCCAAGAACACAUGCAAUGAGUAUUUCAAAAUAACCCCUUGAGAAGAUUUCUAACAAGAAGUACUAGAGAGAAACGGAUUUUUAAUGAAGUGGAAUAAUUUUAAGUGUUAAGAUCAACACCCUGUCCUGCCGCCAAGACCGUCGAUGAGUGGCUUGAUCCCGAUCUUUGUGAAGCUGGCGACUCUUGUCAGUAUUGCCACACUCGCACUGAACAGCAGUUCCAUCCGGAGAUCUACAAGUCUACCAAGUGCAAUGACAUGCUGGAAGUGAGUGAAACAUUCGUGAAAAUUACUAUGAUUAAAAAGCUGGAUAAUACCAAAUUUUCAAAACUUUCUUAUCAAUCUUUGAGGUGAAAAAGAUAAACUAGAUUUUCAGUGUCUUCAAAGGCGUGUUGAAAAAACUUGAAAAUUCUGAUACUCGCCGUUUUUUUAUCCAUGCAAUUAUCCACCAUCUGAUCAUCGUUAUUUUUUUCUGGAUUUUCUUGAAACGUAAAACUUGGAAAAUGCCCUAUUUUUAGCACGGCUACUGCCCCCGGGCGGUUUUCUGCGCCUUUGCCCACCACGACACCGAACUUCAUGCUCAACGAACUCCAUACGUCGGUAGCAGCCAGGCCAGCCCGAAGGAGCAAAUUAGCCCCACUGGAAAUGGCAAUGGAUGUGGGUUUUGAUAAUCAAAUUAACAAUUUAAAACUUAAGAAUGACAAAUGAAGAUCGAACAAUCAAAAAAACAUCUAUAGAAAAAUAUCAUUUUUCAGUCUCGAUUUCGACGGACUCAAUGCGUUUUGGUUCUCCCGUUACUAAUGGUAGCAGCACUCCUUCCUAUUCGGUAAGUAAAUAAUUUUUCAAGAUUCAUGAUCGAAAAUCUUCCAGUCGGUAUUGAAACAACGCCAGCCGAUCCCAACGAAAAUGUACGCCACAACGGAUAUCCUCUCCAGUAGUUAUCCCAAAGCGCCUGGAUUCGAGAGAGGACCUAUUUCGGUUAGUUUUGGUUUUUUGAAACUAUAAAACCAAUCAGAUUCAAAAGCGUCAUGUAGUUGUUUCACAUCUGGCUUGAGUCACACAGAAAAAGGUCCUGACACGAAAAAAAUAAGAUAGUGCCUGGUUGGUGGAUAGUGCAGACAGGCCACGCCCCUUUGCGUCUCAAGCUAGCCGUGAAUCGGCCAUAGAGAAAAAAUGAGUUUAAAAAAAAAGUUUAAAAAAGGAUCAUAGUUAUUCCUGAGACAAUCACAAAACUUUAGCCGAUGAGAAAUGACCAGCUGGGACGUCUGCGCACUCAUUCUCUCAAUAUGGGACAUCUGGACAUCAUCCGCCGUAAGUUUUUCCUGAUAUAAAGAUUUCCGAGGACUGUUCAAUCAACGUUCUUACAGGCAACAUGAUGCUAAGCGGCAUCGGAAUCGAUAGCGGCAGCUCGCUCCCGUCGCAUUCCUCAUUGUGUCGUUCUGAUUCUGGAUUCAAUGGGGUGAACGGUGAGCGAUCGUCUUGCCUGGCCGCAAUGUCCGAAGCUCCAGACACUCUGGACACGUCUCUCGGGACUUUGGAGGAGCUCAGCCUUGACUUGGCUCCCAUUGAUGAACAUCAGAACACUCCUCGCCAGUUUGGAGACCUGUUCGGAGGAAGUUCGUUUCAACUUCCAUUCACGAAAUCGAAAGAUCCUCAAAGAUUUAGGGGGACUUGGAAAAGCCCUAAGAAAAAUCAAAAUAUUGAAAAUAUGAGCUUAGCAAAAGCGGAAAAUUUACGGUCUCAUAUGAAUCGAGAUGAGAUAGCUUCAGCCCACGUUUGCACCUGACCUUAAACGACUUACGCCGAUUAUCAAAAAUUAUGAGAGCCUUUCCUAGAAGAUCAACCGGCAAAUAAACAUUGAACGUGACAAAAAUUCACAUCAAGAAGAUUAAAUCAAACUCAUGGGAAUUUCUCAAAACCAAGACAUAUGCGUGUUUUACAGUACUUUCAGUGUCCUCGUCGCCGAUGAGAAUCCCCGGAAGUGAAGCGUAUUCUUCCUCGCCAUUUGGUGAUAGCCUUUUCGGUAACCACAAGAGCUCCAAUACUAUGCUCAACUCUCCGGCCAAUUUGUUUGGAAACGGUCCUUUGGAUUCGUCGGUAACGAUGUUCAUUUGUUCUCCUUACGAGACAGCAGAGAUUUCAGUUCCCUGACGAGCAGCCAACCGACUUUGAUGAGCUCACAAAAACGAAGUACGAAUUGAGGAAUCACCAGGAGAAGGUUACUGUGUGGGAGGAAGGCUUGAAACAAGCCAGACAGGUUUUCAAGGAAAACGUUUCUCGAACUUCAUCAUUAUUUUUAGGCUUGUGAAGCUUGGAAAGCUGAUGCGGAUCAUUACAAAAUGAAAGCCGAGCAGGCGGAAUUGGAGCGGAACAGAGCCAUUUUUGAGAGAGAUCAGGUGGGUGCUCAAAACUAUGGAAUCAAGAUUUAGUUGAGGAAGGAAAAAUAAGGUCAUUUCAUCUCUAAUGUGCGGUGAAUGGAGUAUAUAAAAAACUUGAAGUUUGGCGUUUUUAGCAAAAAAAACUGAUUUGAAGAUGCAAAGUCAUUAGAAAAAUAAAAAAUUCGUUUUUUCAGCUCCUCCAACAAUUGGAAGCCCUGAAGAUCCACAUCGCCACCGGAGCGACUCUUCCCAUCCAGAUACCUUCUCCUCUGUGCAACGGGAACGCCGUCGACUACGAUGGUCUCGUCUGUCCCGCCGCCUCUCUUCAACACAGCCCUCCUUUCAACAUUUUUAGUGUAGGUUGAGGUUUUUCGAGUCAUUAUCCUUCAAAUUUCUAGUUCAUAACUUAUUCCUGAGAUAGGAAGUAUUGAUUUGAAAACAGUAGGAAUGUGGUUAUAGAUCUGUUUUUUUUUCCAAAAGCCAAUCUUCAAAUCGACAAGAAGAAAUUUUGUUAAUUGGUUAUAAUUCUGCUUAUUUCUCUCGUCUCUCCGAUAACUAACACAUUUCGAAAUUGCUAGAAUGAGGAACGUAUAACUAAUCUUCAAAACGAUUGUCAAUAAAUGACUGCUAUGGAAUAAAAAGUUGAAGAAACUUGUGAAGAAACAGAAAAACGGCAUCUCAAAAAAAAAAUGGAGAUUUCAUACUAUUUUUCAAAAUUCAAGAGUUUAUUUUUCAAGCUCACUGUAAAUUCACAAUCAAGCUCAAAAUCACAAAACAUGAAAAAUUCUAGAUGAAAUCCCUGUUUCAGAACGACUGUGACACCGAAGCUCCGGCUUGCGCGAGAUGCGGCAGGGACCGCUCUCGCUCGAGCUCCGAUAUUCCUUCGGCUUGUCCUCUUUGCGCCAAUUAA